UAUGCUGUGUUUAUUCUUUUUUCAAAGAGCCUUUGGUCCAAAAUCUUUGUUUGGUCCUUUUACAACGAUCUUGCUUCUCAGCCUAAGAUUAUAAUCUUUGCUUUCCAGAAUUAUUUGUUACCCAUACCUUCAUCAGAGUCUCUGCCUUUAUUUUUUGUUCAAUCGCUUCCAUUAAUACUUUCCAACAUUAAUAUAAAGGAUUUUUUCUGUAAAGGUGAAUUUAUUCAAAAAUAAAUGCCAUGUCUAUGUAUCGUUUUCCUCCGGAGCAGUUCUCUCCGGAGAAUGAAGCUAUUAUGGAAGCUUUGAUUUCUGUUGAUAAGGCUAAGUUGAUGGAGGCCUUAACAAUGUAUCAAGAACAUAUGGAUGUCCACAAGGUAUGUAAAAAUGGCACAACGAUAGCAUGUGUUGCUGUAAAACUUGGAAAUUUGCAAAUCUUGAAAACAAUAUUAGAACGGCAAAGUGCAUGUGGAAAACAGAUAUCUCCCAAGCGAUUAAGAACAAUUGAUCCAUCUAAAAAGCUCCCCAUGAGAGACCUUUCAAAUGUUGGAUGUCAUUACAGUAAUUUGAAUGUUGGAGUGAGUCAUGAUAAAAAAUACACCUAUGAAUUAGACCCUUGUGGAAAUAUUUCACAAAUUGAUAAAUAUGGAAAGAAUGCCUUACAUUAUGCUGUUGCUUGUGAUAAGUUAGAUAUGGUUGAGUAUCUUUUAGCAACAUUCAAAGAUUUGCAUUGCAACCAAGUGGAUCGUACCUUAAAAACCCCACUACACAUAGCAGCGCUAAGAGACAAUAAUGAAAUGAUAAACUUAUUAUUGCGUUUGGGGGCAACUGUAGAUUCAAGGGACCAAGAAGGCCAAACACCACUACAUUAUGCAUGCAUGAGAGGUAUAACCAAAAUGGUAUCAACUCUUCUGGAAGCAAAAAGUGACAUAAAUGCCUUAGAUUAUGAAGGGCAAAGCACAUUGAUGUUAGCUACUUCAUGCAAUCAUUAUGAGGUAGUUGAACUACUCUUGAGAAAUAAAGUUCGAGUGAAUUAUGAAGAUGACCGAGGAUUUACUGCUCUGAAAAAAGCAGUUUUUGUAAAAAAUGCUAAAAUUACCAAAGCUUUAGUUGAAAAUGGGGCCAGGAUCUGUGAAAGCUUGAAUUUACUACAUCAUGCAGCUAAGUAUGAUCAGAUAGAUAUAGUUAAGAGUCUGUUAGAUGGGGGAGCAAGAUUAGAAACAAGGGAUAGCAAGGGAAAUACAGCUCUCAUGUGUGCUGUAGAGUAUAGAAACUUCGAGAUAGUUAAGUUUCUACUGGAAAAAGGAGCCAAUCCAAACAGUACACAGGGUAUUUCUGGAAUAACACCCUUACACAUAAGCAUGUAUCAAAUAAUGGAUGCAGAUCUUGUCAAGGAAUAUAUAGAUAUCUUUCUAAAGUAUGGUGCUGAUAUAUAUAAAAGGUGUAACUGGGGCUUUGAUGCUCUCUAUUAUUCCUUCCUGCACAAAAACGACCCUGCUGCUUGUUAUUUAAUAAGGACUGGUAUGAAUGUAAAUUUUAGGCACGAAACGGACCGCUUUGAUUACAUGAGUUCCUCGAUGAAGCAUUCUAGAACUCCGGCACCAAUCAAGUUGCUUUUAUACUCAGGUUUUGAUAUUAAAAAUUUUAAGGAUCGACCGAAAAACUCUAUUCCGGUUGAUAAAAUGAAUGCUAAGCAAAAAUGUUUUCAUGAAUUUAUGUGUACCACAUUAUCGUUAAAAGAUAUGUGUAGAAUUAGAAUCAGAAGAUUAGUUAAUCCUUUAGAUAUUCCUCAAUUACCUUUACCUUCGACAUUACAUAAGUUUUUACGAUUAGAAAUAUUGUGAUGGUGCUUAAUUCCACCUCUUUUUCUCACGAAGUACAAAAAUUGGAUAUAAAAAUUGAAUAUCCAGAUGAAGGUGAAUUUGUAGCGGGACUGAUUGAAGCUAUAGUUUCUGUCUUUGAAUCCUCAAGAGGUGUACCUUAGCUUUGAGUUCUACAUAUACAUCUUAAAUAUUGACUUCGUUGUUUUUGAACCGAUUCUUUGAUUCGUUUUAUUUCGUAUUUGACGUAUUUUGUUUCAUUCAUUAUUAUUUAAUAGUAAUUAACUUGUCGAAUUUUUAUAAAUCUUGUAAUUAUGCAAGAGCUCGAGUUAACAAGUACCAUACAUAGCUACAAUGUACUCAUUGAACGACUGAAAAUCGCAGUUAUAAAUUUGUGUAUCUGAUAUUCACAUAUUAAGUGCGAGCCGAUCUCAUUUAUUAGUGUUUUAAUAUUUCUGCCCUAUUUUAUUUUUUGAAAAUUGAAGUGAUGCAAAGGAUUUCAAUUUCUUUCUUAUUCGUCGGUGAAAAUUUAAAUUUGAUAAAUUUUUUAUAGGGUUUCCAAGUACAAUAAAGUAGGAAAUAGUAUGAUUUAUUCUCCGUACAGAUUAUUUGAGAACAUUGUUCGGAUAGAGUUGAUUCUUCAAAAUGUUAUACAUGUUUGUAUAUGAUCUGAAAUAAAACUUAUAGUUGUUUUUA